AUGAUGGUGCCAAUCCCUCUGGCCACGCCGGCCGAGGAAGUGGAGCGGCUAGAACCGCCCGGUGAGCCCUGGCUCUUCAGCGACGGGCCGCGGCCCGACGACGAGGCCCUCUUAGUCGAAGGGGCCGAGCAGGCCAGCAGGCUCCCGGACGCCAGCCCUACCGAGCUGGCCAACGUAGAAAUACCGGACUAUCGUCGACGUAGAGGCAGGACCUUCCGCAGCAAGCACGCUGCCGCAACAAGCGGCAAGCCCCGCGAAGGGGGGCAGAAGCGCGACCCUGCGGGUUCCUCCGCGAGCGCAGCGGCAGCACAGCAGCCGCCUGCAGCUAAGAGCCGGGUGGAGCCCAAGAAGGCACCACGGCUAGGAGCGCUCACUGAGCGCGAGGUGUGGCAGCACAUCGCUGCCUUAGCCGACCCGCCGCUCACCAACCACCAGGGCGAGCGGGACGUCGAGCAAGCACGCAAGGAGCAGCUGAGAAAGCUGUGGGACCGAGGCGCUUUCACGCCUGUGCUGCGGUCUGAAGUACCGCGCGGGGCGCAGCUGUUCAGGGCAAAGUGGGUCGACAAGUGCGACAAAGGGCGGUACAAGUCAAGGUGUACCUGUGCCGACGCUAAGGCCCGCUACAGCCCAGAACAGGAAGCUGGCUUGGACGUUUUCGUCCCAACGCCAACGCCCGAGAGUCACUCCCUACUUGAGGUAGCAGCGCUACACAACGAGGGGUGGGUCACAAGGUCUCUGGAUAUUGUGGCCGCCUUCCUCAUAGGGAAGGACCGCGGUGCGGCGGAAGGCCGCCCGGUCUACAUGCACGCGCCUGUGGAGUGGCGCGAGCUCUUUGACCAAUGGGUCUUGGAGCAGCCUGCAAAGGACCAGCAGUGGUACCGAGACCACUUCCGGGACUUUGUGUUCCGUGUGGACAGCAACCUUUACGGCCGAAGAACGGCUGGUUCCGUCUACAGGGACGAGCUGGAAGAAGUCCUCACCGGCAAGCUGGCCAAGGACUACGACUUCCAGCGGGGCGUGAAGGACCCGUGCGUGUACCUAGACCGCCGGUCCGGCCUAAUCCUUCUCCACCACAUCGACGACAUCCGUGUCGCAGGCCCCAAGGCCGCAGUGCUGAAGUUCACGGAGGUGGACCUUCCGACGCACUGUGAGAUAACGGUGGGAGAACUGGAGGAGCCGGGCACAGCGGUGGAGGUCCUGGGAAGGACCAAGGUGCGCACAGAGGACUCUAUCCUCACGCUACCCGACAGCAAGCACGCAGAGAAUGUGUGCGAGCAGCUGGGCAUCGGUCCAAAAGACAAGGGGACCGCGCCUGGCAGACCUCUAGACCUGACCAAGGUCGAGGAGCUCUCUGCGGGUUCCGCAGCGCCGCGAGACAUACAGUUCGCCGUGAAAGAGCUGGCGCGAAGGAUGCAGAACCCCAGGGUCUGCGACUGGCUCGCUGCGGAAACCCUCGCGCGAUACCUGCGGGCAACCCCGCGGUUUGGAAGGGUAGUUGCGCUGGACCCCGCGUCCAAGAGCACAGCCCUUCUGAACUUGGAGGUCUACUCCGACUCCGACUGGGCAGGGUGCCCAGAAACGAGAAGGAGCACAGACAACAUAGUCGCCUGUCUCGGGGGAGCAGUCAUCCAGACAAGCUGCCAGACACAGCCCGGCCUCCCAGCCACCUCCAGCGGAGACGCGGAGAUCCGGGGAGUGUCGCGAGCAGCAAGGGAGGCCGUCUUCCUACGAGAGCUUGCGGAGAAAGACUUCGCCCUAGCCUGCGGCUUGCCGCGGCUCUGGGCCGACUCCGCAGCUUCGAUCGGAGCCGCCAAACGCAUAGGACCAGGGUCUAAGUUGAGACACCUGGAAGUUGCAGAAUGCUAUGUACAAGGUGCGCUCAGAGCCAAACUUCUCGAACUGAGAAAAGUUAAGGGAACCGAAAACCCGGCAAACUUCGCUACCAAGCACGCGAAGACUGGACCGGAGGUGCGGCAAUCCCUGCCCUCCAUGGGCAUGGUGGACCUCGAUGCGGUCGCAGGCGCCACCGAGGCUCUGGCCCAAAAGGGCACGAUCAAAUCGAUCCAGGCAAGCCCCUGGAAAAUGAGACCGCCGACCAAGCUUGCAAGCUCGGCGCUCAUGGCCACAAUCGUGGCGCUGCAGGUUCGACCUGCCAAGGCCCAAGGGCACGACUUCGCAGAGCUGGUGCUCGGCUUCGCGGCCCUAGGCUGCCUGGCCUUCCUGUGGAUGCUUUGGGGUUUAGUCUCCUGGCUCUGCAGGUGCAGACGUGACAGGCAGGAGCCGGAGCCCGAGGAUGAGAUCGAGCACCACGCCGAGCGUGCCGAAGAGCCGCCGCGUGCAGCUCAAAGGGCCACUGAGGUCUGGCUAGGGCCAGAAGUGCGGCGCAGGCGUAGGGGACCGGAACCCCUGUCCGGGGACGACGAGCAUGUCUACGAGACAGCCCGCGGUGACAAGAUCCAUCUUUUCACCAACUGCAAUGGGCUGAGCUCCAACACCGAGUACCUCUGGACCGGGUUCGCUUUUCAGGUGGCCACCGGCCGCGUCGUGCGCCGAUACCAUGGCCAACAGCGAGGCUGCCCAUUCAUGGAAGGGGCAACGAUCAGACACAGGGUGUGUCUCCACUGCCGCAACGGGCACCAGAGCACCAAGCCCGGCAGUGUGGUGAACAACUCCCGCCAGUGGGUGCCUCCACCGUAA